AUGAGAAGGCUGCUGCUUUCACCUGUUGGUUUCGUCAUUGUCCUGGCUACACUGUUAGAAUGUCACCCGCCCGAUCGGUGUGUUGCUCAUCAUGGCAGCAGCACUGAUGAAUCGAACGUGUGGUCUCCUCGAGGGGCCCAAUUUGUACCCGGGGCGUCAGAGGCCGCUGUAAAAAAUCAGGUUGGUAUUCCUGACAGUGCCCUUCUGUGGCCGUCGCAAGAUGCUACGGAAACCGGGCUGCGGCCUACGGAGCAAGUAGAGGCACGAUCGUCAUUUCCUGCUGCAAAGCAAUAUUUAUCAGAGGCGGCACCUGCGCGUGGCGACCUUCCACCGCGCGCCACAGGCCUUCUGAGACGUCGAGGAGCUAGAGUGCGAACGGUGAAAGCUCACGAGAUCGGUGUGGAGACUCCAAAAACGUAUGGCUGGGAUCACAGGGUUGUCGACAGUGAGAAGCAGACCACGGCGCCCGUUGCAGAUUCAAGUGGCUUCAUUCAAAUCCCCUCUUCGCGCGCCACGCCUACCACCCUGAACGCUCCGAUUGACCUCCAGGGACGGCGCGAUAUCAGAAACAUCGUCAGGAAUCGACCUCCCGCUGACUCAGAUUUAUCGCGUAGCGAGAUUGCAGCCAAAAACGGAUUCGAGCGAAGAUUUGUCCGGGGUUUACAACUGAAGGUUGAGUCAUUAUUCAGCGGAGGUGUUUUCACGUUGACAGGACCGGCGCAGUUCCUGAAAAUUGGGUCAACGGCAAU